GAGCCGAGGACUGGACGCCCCGCGGCCUGGGCCUUCCCUCCGGCAGUUCCGCGGCGGGAGCGGGCUGCUGGGCGCGGCGGCGCUUCACGCACCCAGGGGGCCGGGCCCGGCGGGGAAGGAAAUAGCUGCCAGACGGCCGGAAGUGGAGGUCGCCGUGGAGACUGUUCCGACGCGUUGCUAUGGCUGCAUGGCGGGGCGGAGCCGCCCAGGAUGGAGCCGAUCCCGGAGGAGGAGGGGUCCGGGGCGCCAGGGCCUGAGACCGGAUCCGAGCCCGGGCCCCAGCCGGAGCGCGAAGAAUCCGAGGCCCGGCCUGGCCCGGCCCGCCUCGCCUGGAGCCCCCUGGAGGUGGCUGAGUGGGCUCGGCAGCUGGGCUUCCCCCAGUGCGAGGACUGCUUUACAGCUAGCUGCAUCACUGGCCGCAAGCUCGUCCACCUUAACUGCUCAAACCUGCCACAGAUGGGCAUAACGGACUUUGACCACAUGAAGGACCUGAGGCAGAAGGGCCCCAAAGGAGAAAGCAAGCCUGCUGUGGCCGUACUUCCUGUGUGUGCACAAGUAGGAAACAACAGAAAUCUUGCCCAAACACUUGUUUGUUUGACAAUUACAACCCAGCUUUGGAGACAUAGUGAUUCUUCACUGCAUUACCCUGGUUUUGUGUGGUGUAAUUCUUCUGAAGUCAAUGGAAGUUCACUAGUGUAAAAGUGAUGUAAGAAUGGAGCAGCAGGGUCAGGAAGUUUGGAUCUGCACCUGCAUUUCUGGUUGCUCAGUCAAACCUCUCCAGUAUUUUGCCCACCUUUGUCCUACCACUUAAUGAAGAGAUAUGUAUAUGCGGGGGGAAAUGGUCUACAAAAUUCUAAUUUUUAAAAUCAACAAACUAGUCUUCACUAAUUAAAACUGUUCAAAAAUCCCCAUCUAAAGGAUCCCAAAAUCAGCUAAUAAGGAAGGACCAGAAGGACUUUUUACUUGCUAUAUUGGGGAUGGACAGAGGCCUCACCUUAUGCAGCCUCACAGGAAAUGUUCCAUGGUUCAAGGUAGGGUCCCUAUAGCUUCCAAAUGGUCAGAGCCUUUCUAGAGGGUUCUGAGCUUAUAUAGAGGAUGUAGGCACAGCCCAAUGCUAGGAACAUGUACUGAUAAUACUCAAAAGAGAACUUUGAGAGCUUUGAAUGGAAGGCAUCAGAGAACUGCAAAUUGAUGUUAACAAUUUUCACCCUCCCUAAUGAGAUACUGUUUGUGACAAAUACUACAGAAGCUGACAGAAGAAUAUUCAAACACUACUGUAUGAAUGUUAUAUAUAUCUUUAUGGGCUUGCUAGUGAUUGUAAUCCUGGCUAAAUGAGUCAGACAAGGAAUGCUUCCUGCAGGAACUAAAAUCUCUGGCCAGGGAGGGGGUGAAAUUAAUUCAACUCCACAAUACUGGAACAAGUCUUUUGAAGUUUCACACUCUCCUCGCCAUGCCCUCCUCCCCACAAUAACAGAUUGUUUUAGGCCUUUUGAACCAGGUCAAAUCAACAAAGGACUUGAAACAGUAUAAAAUAUAAACUCUUGCCUAAAGAGAGGGUUACUCACAUGCUAUCCAAGAAUUGACAGGCAUGUUGACUAUGUCCAAGAAAGACAGGCCCUGCUGUGGAAGUGGAAGUGGAAGGUGGGUUACCACCUGCUAAGCCAGGCAUACUUAUAAGCUGUUUGUUGUUGACUUUUUCUGAAACACUUCUUUUCUGAAUAAAUGGUACAUUGUUUUAUGAAAGCUGGCUGGUCACUGAAUAACCCUGUCAUUGUUCCUGA